AUGGCGUCGUCGGCGCCAGAUGUGGCGGAGUCGUCGCGUGCCGGCCAGGAAGCGGAGCAGGAGCCCGAGUCGGAGCCGCAGCGCAAGUGGGUGGCGUUCGUCUCCGUCCCCGUCCUCCUCGGCAACGACGACGAGCGGGCCAAGGAGAUCGCCGUCGGCACCGACAUGCUGCUCGACCUCAACGACCCGCCGCUACCCUCCUACCUGCAACGCAACGAUGAGCCGCUGUACGCCUACAUCCUCGCCGCCGACCACUCCGCCUGCAUCCUCCUCCAGGUCGUCAAAGGCAACCGGCCGGACUUCCUCCUCUGCGACACCCAAAGAAGUACCGUCACCUUCCUCCCCCUGUCCUCCGGACUCAACAUCCGCCACAACAUCGGCCUCAUCACCGACCCGCACCACCACGGCCACUACGUGGUAGCCCAGCUCCACCCCACCACCUCCGAAGAUUACCCCAACGGGAUCCUGAUUGGUCUCAUGUGCUACUCCACCGCCGAAGGCCGGUGGUUCACCAGACAGCUCACCCGGGUGCGGCAACAGGGCCCCAACGCAUGGACGUUCGAGUACGAGGUGGCCUUCGCCGAAAUCUGGGAGAACAAGACCUACACCGACGCGGGCCUGCUGCCGGACGAGGUGCCCCACGUCGCCCUCAUCGACCCCAACGACCACUACGUCGUCUACUUCUUCCAGGGCUCGAAGCUCUUCGGCUUGGACAUGCGCGAGAAGAAUGUCGUCGCCUGCAAGGAAUGCUUGAUAGACUGUGAUCAACUCAGGUUCCCAUCCUCCCACCCCAUUGUCGAUACCUGGGAGCUACCGCCACCGCCAGCCACGCUUCCAGGCGACGACGACUCUUCACCAGAUGGUAUGCACGCGUACAUCUCCACUAGUUGCUCAGUUCUGAGGCAUCCACUUGCCUUACCUAUGGUUACUGAAUCGACCGAAUGCAGCAUGCACAUGGCUGCUGGAAAUCUUGAUUUGAUGCUCACUGUGUGUCUGCAUGCUCGGCAUUCAACUGUAAAUUAUAAUGUUUUGGACUCGAAGCUAGAUGCUUGGGAACUGCCCUCACCGCCACCCGCUCUUCCGGGCGAGAACGACUCUACACCAGAUGAUAAUGUAGCAUUAGCACAGAGUGGCCUGGGCUCGCUGUGUAGGAAGGAGGCUUUUUGUAGCAUUUGUGGCUCAAGGGUAUGUCUUUCAUGCUGCCCCAAUCACAAAAACCUCCAUCACGGUGCUGCUCUAGGCGCCAUAAUCAGGAUAUGUAUGACCAAAGAUGGCGCAGCGGUAGAUGCUCGAGAUAUCAAAGUCAACGCCAUGGGAUAUAAUUGGCAGCUUAUUCAGAGAAGGAUUCAUGCUGGCCGGAAAUAUAUUAUGCUGCACGAGCCAACGCAAGACCAGAGGAAUGUGGACAACAGUCUUCAGUGCCGUCGCCUAGUGAAGGCAAAAAGCGAUUACUGCAGUAUGAAAUGCAAGGCUCUUCAUAGGCCGUUUGGACGGAACACACAUGUCGUCAACGCGUUGCUUCAGUGUGACUUCGACCAACCUGAAGUCCGAGAUAGGUUCUGCAUCAUUUGUAGGAGGGCCUACGCCUCAGCACAUUGUGCUGAUCACGACCUACACCAUCACGAGCAAGCGGCGGCGGCGGCCCCAGCUCCUCCACCCGAAGUGAUUGUUUGA